CUCCCUCACUCCCUGACAUGCCUGGAGCCGCUGUGGGCCUCCUUCCCCUGCCCUUUUAGGGUGCUAAGGGCAGAGGGGCAGGGAGCCAGCGAGACCUCCACCUGACAAGGCUGUGUGUGCUGCUGGCUCAGGAUGUCGGCUUUCCGGCUGGGUGACCACGUGUGGCUGAACCCCUCUUCUGCCAACACGGCUGACGUGGCCAUUGGGGGCGUCAUCAAAGACACGAAGCCAGGCAAGGUCUUGGUGGAGGACGACGAGGGGAAGGAAUACUGGGUCCUCGUGGAGGAUGGUGGUGCCCUGAGUCCAAUGCACCCCAACCUGGCCCAGGGCGUGGAUGACAUGAUCUGCCUGGGGGACCUGAACGAGGCCAGCAUGGUGCACAACCUGCUGAUUCGCUACCAGCAGCACAAGAUCUACACCUACACGGGCUCCAUCCUGGUGGCGGUGAACCCCUUCCAGGCGCUGCCCCUCUACACCCGGGAGCAGGUGCAGCUGUACUACGACUGCCCCGGGGGCGCCCUGCCCCCGCACAUCUUCGCCAUCGCGGACAGCUGCUACUUCAACAUGAAGAGAAACAAGAGGGACCAGUGCUGCAUCAUCAGUGGUGAGUCUGGAGCUGGGAAGACGGAGACCACCAAGCUCAUCCUGCAGUUCCUGGCCACCGUCAGCGGCCAGCAUUCGUGGAUCGAGCAGCAGGUCCUGGAGGCCAACCCCAUCCUGGAAGCUUUCGGAAAUGCCAAGACAAUCCGCAAUGACAACUCGAGCCGUUUUGGGAAGUACAUUGACAUCUACUUCAACCGCAGUGGAGUGAUCGAGGGUGCCCGCAUUGAGCAGUUUCUCCUGGAGAAAUCCCGGGUCUGCCGGCAGGCCCCGGAGGAGCGCAACUACCACAUCUUCUACUGCAUGCUCAUGGGGAUGAGACCCGAGGAGAAGAAGUUGCUGGGCCUCGGGACGACCUCAGAGUACCACUACCUCACCAUGGGCAGCUGUACCUCAUGCGAGGGGCUUGACGAUGCCCAGGACUACGCCCACGUCCGCUCAGCCAUGAAGAUCCUCAUGUUCUCUGACGCCGAGCACUGGGACCUCAGCAAGCUCCUGGCAGCCAUCCUCCACCUGGGGAACGUGGAGUUCACGGCUGCCAUCUGCGAGAACCUGGAUUCCUCCGACGUGAUGGAGACGCUGGCCUUUCCCGUCAUGUCAAAGUUACUGGAGGUGCAGCUCCAGGCGCUGCGGGACUGCCUGGUCAAGCACUCCAUCAUCAUCCGCGGGGAGCUCGUCUCCAGGCCCUUGAAUGUCGCCCAGGCCGCAGACCGAAGGGAUGCCCUGGUCAAGGGAAUCUACGGGCACCUCUUUCUGUGGGUCGUCAAGAAGAUCAAUGCGGCCAUCUUCACCCUGCCAGCCCAGGACCCCAAAAACACGCGAAGGGCCAUCGGCCUCCUGGACAUAUUUGGAUUUGAAAAUUUCCAGAAAAAUAGCUUUGAGCAGCUCUGCAUUAACUUUGCCAACGAGCACCUGCAGCAGUUCUUCGUGCAGCAUGUCUUCACGAUGGAGCAGGAGGAGUACCGCUCAGAGGCCAUCACCUGGGACUACAUCCACUUCACGGACAACCGGCCCACCCUCGACCUGCUGGCCCUCAAGCCCAUGAGCAUCAUCUCCCUCCUGGACGAAGAGAGCCGCUUCCCACAGGGCACAGAUGCCACCCUGCUGCAAAAACUGAACAGCAUACAUGCCAACAACAAGGCUUUUCUGCAGUCCAAGAACAUCCACGAUGCCAGAUUCGGCAUUGCCCACUUCGCUGGGGAGGUGUAUUACCAGGCCGAAGGCUUCCUGGAGAAGAAUCGAGAUGUGCUGAGCACAGAUAUCCUCACCCUGGUUCACACAUCCACGAACAAGUUCCUGCGGGAGAUAUUCAAACUGGAGAAUCCGGAGACCAAGCUGGGCCGCGGCACCGUCCGUCAGGCCAAGGCGGGCAGCCAGCUCUUCAAGCCUGCCGACACCGCCAAGCGGCCCUCCACCCUGGCGGGCCAGUUCAAGCAGUCCCUGGAGCAGCUGAUGAAAAUCCUGACCAGCUGCCAGCCCUACUUCAUCCGCUGCAUAAAACCCAACGAGUACAAGAAGCCGCUGCUCUUCGACCGCGAGCUGUGCCUCCGACAGCUGCGGUACUCGGGCAUGCUGGAGACCGUGCAGAUCCGCAAGUCGGGCUUCCCCGUGCGGUACACGUUCGAGGAGUUUGCUCACAGGUUUUGCACGCUGCUGCCCAGAGCCGAGCGGAAGCAGCUGCGAGACAACUUUCGCCAGAUGACCGUGCACAUCGCCGACCUGUGGCUGGGGACAGACAAAGACUGGAAAGUGGGAAAGACUAAAAUUUUCCUGAAGGAUCACCAGGACACUCAGCUGGAGACACAGAGAAGCCAGGCCCUGGAGAAAGCAGCUGUCAGCAUCCAGAAGGUCUUGAGGGGCUACAAACACAGGAAGGAGUUCCUGCGGCAGAGAUGGGCAGCCGUGACCCUGCAGGCCCAGUGGAGGGGCUACUGCACCAGGAGAAACUUCGAGCAGAUCCUCCUGGGCUUCGGACGCCUGCAGGCCAUUGCCCGCGGCCACCUGCUGGCCAGGCGGUACCAGGCGAUGCGGCAGAGGGUGGCCCGGCUGCAGGCCGUCUGCAGGGGCUACCUGGUGCGCCGGGCUGUCCGGGACAGGAGGCGGGCCGUGCUGGUCAUCCAGGCCCACGCCCGGGGCAUGGCCGCCCGGCGGAGCUUCAGGCAGCGGAAAGCCAAGGGACUGCUGGUUGUCCCAGCUGGACAGCAGCACAGCCAGAGUGCUGUCCCCGCCAAGAAGCGCCAGUCCAUCUACGACACCGUCACCGACUCAGAGAUGGUGGAGCAGGUGUUCGGCUUCCUCCCUGCCAUGGUCGGGGGGCAGGAGGGCCAGGCACCCCCACACUUUGAGGACCUGGAGUCACGGGCCCCAAAGCUGCCCAAGAUUGAUCUGGACACAGUCCCCAUGGUGGAGCAGCCAGAGGAGGACACAGACGACCUGGCCGACUAUACCUUCCCCAAAUUCGCUGCGACCUAUUUCCAGAAGGCAGCCAGCCACGAGCACAUCCGACAGCCCCUGCGGUACCCACUGCUCUACCACGAAGAUGAUGCUGACUGCUCGGCUGCCCUCGCUGUCUGGAUCAUCAUCCUGAGGUUCAUGGGGGACCUUCCGGAGCCCAUGCUGUUCGCCAAGAACAGCCUGCGUGGGAAACCGGCAAUGCAGCAGAUCCAUGACACCUCGGGCAGGGAAGGAAGCACCCAGGCUCCCCUGCACGGCAGAGCUGCCCAGGUGGCCGGACAGCUGGGCACCGGGGAGGAUGCCUUUGAGACGGAGAGUCCCAUCUCAGCCCAGCCCACGUCCAACCUGGAGAAGGUGCACUUCAUCGUGGGCCACGCCAUCCUGCAGCCUGGCCUCAGGGACGAGAUUUACUGCCAGAUCUGCAAGCAGCUCUCAGGGAACCCCAAAAUGGCCAGCAUGGCCCGGGGCUGGAUCCUGCUCAGCCUCUGUCUGGGCUGCUUCCCACCCUCGGAGAGGCUCAUGAAGUACUUGCUGAACUUCAUCGGUCACGGGCCGGUGGGCUAUGGGCCCUUCUGUGCCGAGCGCCUGAGACGCACCUAUGCCAACGGGGUGCGUGCGGAGCCCCCCACCUGGCUGGAGCUGCAGGCUGUCAAGUCCAAGAAACCCAUCCCCAUCCACGUCAUCCUGGGGACCGGGCCGAGCCUGACCGUCAUGGUGGACUCGGCCUCCACGGCGCGGGAAGUCUGCCUGCACGUCGCCCGGAAGCAGGGGCUCCAGGACCACGUGGGCUUCUCCCUCCAGGUGGCUGUGUACGACAAGUUCUGGUCGCUGGGCAGCGGGCGCGACCAUGUGCUGGAUGCCAUCGCCCAGUGCGAGCAGCUGGCCCGCGAGAGGGGCGAGGGCGAGCGCCAGGCACCCUGGCGCCUCUACUUCCGGAAGGAGUUCUUCACCCCCUGGCACGACUCCCGGGAGGACGCGGUCAGCACUGAGCUCAUUUACCACCAAGUCCUGCAGGGGGUCCGGUCCGGCGAGUACAGCUUCGAGAAGGAGGAGGAGCUGGUGGAGCUGCUGGCCCGGCACUGCUAUGUGCAGCUCGGCGCCUCGGCAGACAGCGAGGCCAUCCGGGAGCUGCUGCCCAGCUGCGUCCCCACCAAGCUGUACAGGACCAAGCCCCCGGAGAGGUGGGCUAGCCUCGUCACCGCUGCCCACGCCCAGGCACCCUACACCCUGCAGCGCCGCCCGCCGCUGGCCGUGCAGGAGCAGGUGGUGGACGCAGCCCGCCUGCAGUGGCCCCUGCUCUUCUCCAGCCUCUUCCAAGUCACCACGCUCUCCGGCCCCCGGCUGCCCCCGGCUCGGCUGAUCUUGGCUGUUAACUGGAGGGGGCUGAGCUUCCUGGACCAGAGGGAGAAGAUGCUCCUGGGACUCUCCUUCCCGGAGGUGACGGCUCUGAUCGCCAGCAGGGCGGCCCGAGGCGGGCCGCGGCUGGCGCUCUCCACGCUGCACGGAGAGGAGUACGAGUUCAUGUCCCCCAGCAGCGUGGCCAUCGCCGAGCUCGUGGCCCUGUUUCUGGAGGGGCUGAAGGAGCGGUCCGUGUUUGCCAUGGCCCUGCAGGACCGGAGGGCCACAGACGACACCACCCUCCUGCCCUUCAAGAAGGGGGACCUGCUGGUCCUCUCCCAGAAGCAGGGGCUGCUGGCCUCCGAGAACUGGACGCUGGCCCAGAAUGACCGCACGGGCAAGACAGGGCUGGUGCCCACCGCCUGCCUGCACACCAUCCCCACCGUCGUCAAGCCCUCAGCGCAGCUGCUGAGCCUGCUGGCCAUGUCGCCGGAGAAGCGGAAGCUGGUGGCCCAGGAGGGGCAGCCCACCGAGCUGCCACCCGCUGAGCAGCCCAAGGAGAAGCCACACACCCUGGAGGAGUUCUCCUACGAGUUCUUCAGGGCCCCAGAGAAGGAGACGGUCAGCAGAGCCGUGCUGUCCCUGGCCCGGCCCCGGGGCCACCUGUGGGCCCACUCGCCCGAGCCACUGCGGCAGCCUCUGCUCAAGAGGGUCCACGCGAACCCCGACCUGUGGGACUGCACCUACCAGAUCUCCAUCGCCAUCCUCAGGUACAUGGGCGACUACCCCUCGCGGCAGGCCCGGUCCUCGCUGGAGCUCACGGACCAGAUCUUCUCGUGGGCACUGCAGGACCCGGCCCUGCAGGACGAGGUCUACUGCCAGAUUCUGAAGCAGCUGACGGACAACCCCCACAGGUACAGCGAGGAGCGCGGCUGGCAGCUGCUGUGGCUGUGUACCGGCCUCUUCCCGCCAGGCCGGGCGCUGCUGCCCCACGCCCAGAAGUUCCUGGACACGCGGAGAAAGAAGCUGCUGGUCCCCGACUGCAGCCGCCGCAUCCAGAGGGCCCUGAGGGUGGGGCCCCGCACGCAGCCCCCACACCAGGUGGAGGUGGAGGCCGUGGAGCAGAACGUGUCCCGCAUCUGCCACAAGGUCUACUUCCCCAAUGACACCAGUGAGAUGCUGGAGGUGGCUGCCAGCACCCACGUGCGGGACGUGUGCCAAGACAUCGCCACCAAGCUGCAGCUGGCCUCCUGGGAGGGCUGCAGCCUCUUCGUCAAGAUCGCGGACAAGGUCAUCAGCCAGAAGGAGGGAGACUUCUUUUUUGACUCCUUGAGGCAGGUGUCAGACUGGGUGAGGAAGAACAAGCCCCAAAAAGAAGGGGCCCCCGUGGUGCUGCCCUACCAGGUGUAUUUCAUGCGGAAACUGUGGCUGCACGUGACCCCGGGGAAGGAUGAGAACGCAGACACCAUCCUCCACUACCACCAGGAGCUGCCCAAGUACCUGCGCGGCUUCCACAAGUGCUCGCGGGAGGACGCCGUGCACCUGGCCAGCCUCAUCUACAGAGCCCGGUUUGGCGAUGACCGGUCCUCGCUGGCCAGCGUGGCCAAGAUCCUCAGGGAGCUGGUGCCCACGGACCUCACCCGCCUGAUGUCCACAGAGGAGUGGAGAAAGAGCAUCCUCCUGGCCUAUGACAAGCACACGGGCAAGACGGUGGAGGAGGCCAAGGUGGCCUUCCUGAAGUGGAUCUGCCGCUGGCCCACCUUCGGGUCGGCCUUUUUCGAGGUGAAGCAAACCUCAGAGCCCUCCUACCCAGACAUCGUCCUCAUCGCCAUCAACUGGCGUGGCGUCCUCCUCAUCCACCCCAAGACCAAGGAGCUGCUCACCACCUACCCCUUCACCAAGAUCGCCAGCUGGAGCAGCGGCAGCACCUACUUCCACAUGGCGCUGGGGAGCCUCGGCCGGGGCAGCCGCCUGCUCUGCGAGACCUCGCUGGGCUACAAGAUGGACGAUCUGCUGACCUCGUACGUGCAGCAGCUCCUGAGCGUCGUGCACAAGCAGCGGGGCGCCCGGGCCGCGGUCGAGUCCUAGCGGCAGAUGCCCUGGGGCUGGGCUGCCUGCCUUCUGCACAUGGCAUCCCCUUGGCCUUCCCCUGCUCCAGCACACAUCCACGAUUCCCCCGGGGGGCCCGCGUGGGCCCUCUCCCUCCUGGGAGCUGACCCCUGAGCCCGAAGGGGAGCCAGGGUGGGGGUGGGGGAUCCCGGGCCUCCAGUGGGGAGAUGCUCCGUCCCCAGGAUGCUGAAUAAAAUCCCAGGACCUCAGGGAAGUGAGUGC